AUGAACAAGCAAAUUUUAAGAAGGGAUCAACGUAAAACCUCCAACCAACUCAGAGAUAUGCAAGUCGAGUUGGGAGUGUUGGGAAAAGCUGAUGGAAGUGUUAAAUUUUCUCAGGGAAAUACCACAGUAAUUUGUUCAGUUUGUGGACCGGAAUCAUCAAUGAAGGAAAAAGGAGAUCAAGCUAUUAUUGAUGUCAUGUUUCAACCAAGAGAUAAGAAGGCUUCGGAAGAGGAAAAAGAAUAUGAAUUAAUUAUUAGACAAACAUUGGAAAAUGUGAUUUUAACAAAUAUAUAUCCAAGAACUGUUAUAACAAUUUCGAUUCAAGUGGUUCAAUAUGAUGGAUGUUUAUUGAGUGCGAGUUUAAAUGCUGCAUCAUUGGCUCUUCUUGAUGCUGGAGUUGCUAUGAAAACAACACUUGUUUCAUCAUCUUGUUCAUAUUUAAAUAGUGGUGAUUGUUUGUUGGAUCCAACGAGAAUUGAACAAGAUUUUUCAUCAAUUUUACACAAUGACGAUUCAUCAUCAUACAUUCAAUAUUACAAGACAUCAUCAAAAGGACCAAAAGUUAUUGUACCAAAAGGAUUUGCCUUCUUUGUUUUUGAUUCUGCUCCUCUCCGAAAUCCAUCUAAAACAGAUUCUGAUGACGAUUCCUUUCUUGUCACCAGUAUUACUGAAGGUUUAUUAACAGAUGAAGCUUUAAGAGAAUGUAUUUCAUUAGCAAAAGAAGGAGCCUUGUCAGUUUAUUCUCUCAUUCGUUUAACUCUUGAAAGAAAGUCAACUACUCCUGUUUUACCUACAAAUAAGGUUGUAGCUUCAAAUAAUUUCAUAAAACCUAAGGAUAAUUAA